CAGUAGCGGCAAACGUUCAAAUCCAUCGCCGAGCAUUCUUGUUUCCCCUUCCGUUUUCGUGAACAUUCUCCGUCUUCCAGCGGCUCGAGGCAUCCCAAUGAUGCCCCGAUUUUUCGUCCCAUUCACGUGGUCGGCAACGUUUUAUUUCAUGUGCAAAUUGAUUUAGUUCGAACUGCGAAAUUUCAGCCGCUCGGAAAUGGUUCAUCAACAAUCGUACGAUCAUCGACAUUCGUCUUAUCAUCCGCCUCCUGCGGCGUUCAGUGAGACGUCAUCGGUGAUGAACAAAAACUAUGAGCAACAACAGCAAGGGGGCGAUCACAGUUUGAGGAAAAUCGGGAAGAACAACAACAACAACAAUAACAAUGCGUCGUCGUCGCCAUCGGCCUCGUCGAACGCCGUCAAUGAUAACGACACCUUUGCGCGUUUUUGGCCUCAGCCAGCCAAUAACGCAGCGGCAACUAGCGGUGCUGCUCCUCUCCUUGCAGGCCAUCCCUGCGGGCCCAUCAAUAGCGGCGCCAAUGGCAACAACCACGCCGCCGCUCACGCUUCCGUCGAGAACGACGUCCGGUGGUCCAAAUUACUCCGACACGAUGGUACACCCACCAAGGUUUUAUUAUAUCCCGAAGAAGGAUGGGCCCGAACAGCCACCAACGCUUAUUGGCUCCUGUCUAUUCCUUGGUGGAACCGGAACCGCUGCAAAGUUGUCGAAGUCGCUGGAACGCGGAGGAGCACGACGCAAGCCAAGUUGAUUGACGCCGGUGAUAGGCGAACUGUUUACGUUGUUGGCUCGUUUAAAAGCUCAUCUACGACGUCGGCCGAUCUCUCGUCGGAGCCGCAAUUUAAAUUAGCGCUGACGUCACACAUAACGACAGCCGAUGUCAACCUCGGCUAUUUAAUGACAGGCACCCUGGAGCGCGGCCGUCAUAGCGAUUCUCUCCAGCCGACCCAUUUCGCCGUCCUUCGCAAAUUCGAUUGGAAUAAUCCUUGAAUAAUAAAAAGAUUCAUUUCAAAAAUCCCCUUCAAAAAAAAAAAAAAGUCCGCAAAGAGAAAGAAAAAUAUCUGGCCUCUAUAAAUCGAUGAUUAUCUUAAGUAUAGUAGACGUGUUGAUUGUGCGUCAUCAUCCGUUCUAUCACGACCGUCCGAUUUGAUUAGAAAAAAACAAAACAAAAAGGAAAGUGAAUCACUCUUGUUUCUUCCAAACUUUUACGUCGAGUUCCGCGUUGCGCAUUUGUUUUCCAUUCUUCUAUCGUACGUAUAUACAUCUAUCGUGUCACUAACUCCACUAUAUGCAUGUGUGUACGCGUUACACGCAGUCACGAUACAUACAAUUACAUGUAACUAUAUAUAGACGUUGCUGGUGUGUAUGCAUAGACACUACCAUCAUUAGGGAUGCGCUGCCGAACUUGCCACUUCAUUCAAUGUCUUUGCGCAUACAUCUCAACGGGCUCUCGUGUUGGUCGUGUUAUACACACACACACACACACACACUGGCAAAUCUUUCGCUCGUUUUCUGCUGCUAUCCCUUUGGCCCGCCUAUGAAUAUUAUUUCCUAUCCUUUCGUAUUCUGCCAGCUUUAAUUCUUGUCAUGGCUCCUAUCCGUUCCUCGCAUUAUUUGUGUGUAUAACUCUCCUUUGUUAUUUGUUUUUUUUUCGGUCUCCGUCCCUGGAUUGUCUUUUUUGAAUUCAAUUUGAAAGCAAAAAGAAUUCGAGAAUGAAAAAAAAAAAAAAAUUGUCUUCUUUUUUUUUCUUGUCUGCUCUGAUGCUACUCGCAUUUUUUCACACACAAAAAAUCUGAUAUGAAACUCGACUUGAACGCGAUGUCUAUACAACCAGUGUAUUUCCAAUAGAAGACAACACAAGACAGAGAAGAGCGCUCGAAUUCUGUUUUCUCCGGCUCUUCUUCUCCCAAAUCUCGUGUUGCUCCUUAUCUUUCUAUUUCCCCUCGGCUAUAUACUACUCGGCAUCUCUUUGUAUAAUACUCGUGCCAAUACAAUCGGGU